UUGGUCGGGAGAGAAGGGCUGGCGCCUGUAGCCAAUUGGCUUGAAGGAUUUAGAAACGUUGCCAGAGACCUUUGACCAAUCAUUUUGUUUGAACAGAAGCAGUGGGAAGUUUUGUAUUUAAGGUGUGCGCUAAAGUAACGGUGGUGAUAUCCACAAAAAUGAUGGACGCGUUAUCAGUAGUCACACAGCUGCGGGACCUGGCAUCAGAACCACAGAAUCGGGAGGUAAUUGUUCAGGACCAGGGUUGCCUUCCAGGACUAGUGCUGUUCCUCGACCACAAAGACCCUCAAGUACUUUUUGCCACCCUCCAGACUUUGCGAUACCUGGCUGAAUCAGCUCACAACAUCAGCACCAUGAAAAAUGAGCUUGGCAUGAUGGUGAGCCUGGAGAUACUGAUGGAGAGGACUGGUAUGACAACUGAUAUUACAGACCUUGCAAAAGAGGUGUAUGAAGUGUUGAGUGCUCAAACACAGAGACAGGCUUGUCAGAUUCCAGAGCAACAGAAGAGGAGGAACAAACCCCAGUUCUUCAUCAACAGCUCCAACAAGAAAGCAAAAUCAGUUACCCUGCAUAUACAAGGCUUAGAUGGGGCAGAUCAGAGAGGUGUGUGUGAGGAGGCCCUUUUGAGGGUCAAAGGUGUAAUCAGCUUCACGUUCCAGAUGGCUCUGAAGAGAUGUACUGUACGCAUCCGUGCUGACCUGCCCACUGAGAGCCUGGCCACUGCUAUUGCUGCCACAAAAGUGCUUUCAGCUCAGCAGGUAGUGAAAAAUGAAAAUGGAGAAGAGGUUCUCAUUCCACUCAGCACCUCUGGCUCAAAGGUAGAAGAGAAUUCCCACCUGCCAGAUUACCUACCAGAGGACGAGAGUCCGGAGAAAGAGCUGGACCGAGCCGUGUCCCGUACUGGUGCUAAACAAGACACCGGUGGCAGCUGGCUGAACACAGCAGCCAAUUUCCUCACUAAAACUUUCUACUGGUAAAGCUUGAGUUUCACAGACUUUUCCUGUCUGAGUUUGGACCUAAACAUUUUUUUAAGCGAGAUCAGCAUGGAAGAGAAAGUGGCACCACUAUCAUAGCUUGAAGCACUAAUGCAAGGUCGAGGAACUGACAAAUGUGCUUUAUCAAGCUACAAAAGGUGUUGUUCGGUUUAUGAGCACAACCUUUCACACAAAAGUGUGUGUGUGAGAUCUCAGCCACAUCACAAAUCUGUACUGUUAUAUAGAUGUUGAGUUCAUGUUGUACAUUUAUGUAUAUAAAAACAUGUCUUUCCACCCUCUCAGGAUCAGAAAUGUUCUGUUUCUGCUGUCACGAUUGUGUGUUGUAUCGUCUUUCCACCUGAUUUCUUGUAAAUAUUUCCAUUUUGGUUUGUUAUUGGGGAAAGUAUCUAUGUUGAGUCUCAUCUAUUAAUGGAAACAACUGAAAGGCAGAUUAAAUGUCUAAUGCUGUGUAAAAUAAAGGUUUGGAAGGAA